UUUUUUUCCCCAAAUCCCUACUGCCUCUUGUUUGCCAGCCCCAGCCACAGCUGCAAUCAGAAAGAAGCUGGUGAUUGGGGGGAUGGUGCCUGUAGAAAGACCUGUCUCCUCAUCGUCUUCAGCAAGGAUCAGUUUCCAGAGGUCUACUUCCCUACUGUAUUUGAGAACUAUAUUACAGACAUUGAGGUGGACAGCAAGCAGGUGGAACUGGCUUUGUGCGACACAGCAGGGCAAGAAGACUAUGAAUGUCUGCGGCCUCUCUCCUAUCUGGACACAGAUGUCAUCCUCAUGUGCUUCUCCAUUCACAGCCCCGACAGCCUGGGUGAGGACAUUGGAGAGAGGGGGUGGAGAUGCUUUGGAGUCAUCCAUCUUCAGAGGCUCCUCUCACACUCUUGGGAUUUGGAUUGGUUACUGCCAGAGUGGAUUAUUACCAAGUGA